AUGAAAAUUAAGCUAAUCGUAUCGAUUUUACUAACAACUAUAUUCAUUCGAUCAACUGAAUCUGUAAAACAUAAAAAUGUACUUCAAAAUAGAACUGUUGCCGAAGUGAAAAAUAGUCUCGAGAAACACGAGGAUGCUCUAUCCGAAGUGCUCAAGCACAAAACUGGAGUUAACCCGAUAAAAAUUACUAAUGUAACUCAAGCGAAAAUUAAGCCUUUCGUCAAGAAAGAAAAAAAGAUUCUAAGAAUGAUUUCAACGAAAUCGAUCGAAAAUUGGGCGCAAAGGCUCUCCGAAGUAUUCUUCGAGAUCGAAAGCAAGCUUGUUAAGCGAGAGGAACUAUUGAGCGCAUUUAGCGAUGCUAUGAUGGUAGCUCGCAACGGAACCGCCCUCGUGAACAAGGCUGCAGACGCCUUAGAAGACUUGUUAACAAGAAGAGUCAAAGCCGCCGAAAAUAUAAUGCGCAAAGCUGAAGAAUUAGAUAAGGACGAAACACCUCCGCCUGACAAUUACGUUUUUGACCAUAGCGUGGAUUUAGAUAAAAUUAAGGAGAAGAAGAUACCCAAUCAGAAAGGCUGGUUCAUGCCACAGAACUGUACUAAUUUACAAAAGGUACCCUUGAACGAGAAUCCUAAGGUUAUGAAACAUAUAUAUUGGACGGAAGGGUUAUUGUCGACAUUCAAAAAGAAUUACGCGCAGGACGCGACCACGGACUUUCAGUAUUUCUGUAGUGCUAAAGGAUUCUUACGACACUACCCAGCUGCUUUAUGGGACGACAUGCACCAGCUCAAGUUGAAUACGGACGACGUGUACGACUGUCGGCUGCGGUCGUGGUACGUGAGCGCUGGCGGAGCGCCCCGCGACGUGCUCGUGUUGCUGGACGCCUCGGGCUCCAUGAACGGCUCCUCGAACCAGGUCAUCGCUGAGGAGUUCACUUUGGCUCUGCUCAGCGCUCUCACCGACGACGAUCAAGUGAACGUCUUAUACUUCAAUGAGAAAGUUAAUUCGCUUAUCCAGUGCUUCAAUCAGAAAAUGGUUCCGGCAAAUCACGUGAAUUCUGCCGCGAUGAUGGAAGAGCUAAGGGAAUACACGAAAGUAAACGAGACGAAAGUGGACUACGCGCUAAAGUACGCGAUAAAACUGCUACGGAAACAGCGCUUGAUUAGAGACCGACCGAAGUCGUGUCAGCAAGCUAUAGUGCUGCUCACGGACAGCAUGUACGACAAUUACACGGACCUCGUGAGGCAUUUGGACCCCGGGAAUAAUAUCAGACUGUUCGUGUUCUGGCUGCACGACCGGUACGGGCUGCGCGACGACACGCGGCGGCUGGCGGAGUGGCUGAGCUGCGCGCGCGACGGCUACUUCGCCGAGCUCAUCACGCACGCUGACGUCACGGAGCAGGUCAUGAGCGUGCUGCGCGUGCUGGAGCGCCCGCUCGUCGCGCAGCGGGACCACAGGCUGCGGGUCUUCAGCGACAUAUACGCUCACAUUGAGGUCGACCCGAGACGCAGCGAGUACCACUGGACGCAGAAGGAGAACGCGGAACAACUCUAUCGUUACAAGGAGCUGAGGAAGGACAAACGCAAACUCCUCGACCCGAAGCGAAUGUAUGAAGAUUGGAUGCACCAAUGGAAACUCGACCCGAGACGCAGCGAGUACCACUGGACGCAGAAGGAGAACGCGGAACAACUCUAUCGUUACAAAGAGCUGAGGAAGGACAAACGCAAACUCCUCGACCCGAAGCGAAUGAAUGAGGAUUGGAUGCACCAAUGGAAACUCAACGAAUACGGGCAGUAUUAUGAAGGAGAAGAAUUGAACUAUCGUUUGGAAAUAAGCGUUUCUAUGCCCGUUUUUGAUGCUACUACGGCAGAGAAUAUUACGAUCCAAUUGAUGGAGUAUCCAGUAAACCGUCUUCUAGGAGUAGCAGGGGUCGACAUUCCCAUCGACCAUUUGAAGUUGAUUCUGCCGUAUCAUCAGCUAGGUGCGGGCGGCUCAAUCAUACUGGUGGAUCAUCGUGGAAACGUUGUCUUGCACGACAAUUUGAAACCUACAUUCGACGGAGACGUCUUGAGGCCUGGAUACAGGACCGUUGACUUCCUCGACUUGGAACAGCCGGCAGUCAGCCACCUCCCCAGACAAUACUUGCCAGAUUGGCUCAAGUUUCGACGAAAUCUGAUAAUCGAUAAAGAAACUGGCAACAUGACCAUGUACGCGAAAAACAUUUACGAAGACGGAAUGAGGGCGACGCUGGAAAAUCGGCAAUACUUUUGGAGAAGGGUCCUGGACCACUACACCGUGGUCGUCGCGCUACCGACCCCCGACGCGCACUGGGCCGGAUCCGAGUCCCAGUUCACCAUGAAGCUCGCUGAAGCCGCGUUGAAGUCGCUGUCCCGAACCGACUUCGCCGUGCAGCCAGACUGGUGGGGCUUCGUUAGGCUGUACUGCCGGCACGUGGAGCCCCACUUCGACUCCCGCGAGGCCGAGGUGCUCCACUUCAUCAGACGGCGGAGCGACGAGCCCAACUUCGCGAUGAAGAAGCUGAAUCAUAUAUUCUCACCCAUCCCACCUUUGUUACUCGAAAAAACAUAUCAAUGUGAUGAAGGUCUAAUGGCGAGGCUGUGCAAGGACGCCAUAGCCACGGACAAGUGGGCCCGGGAGCACGAGCACCCGCACCGGGCCCGGGACUGCUCCACCUGCGAGCUGGGCUCCAUCACCACCUUCUUCGCGAGUGAGAACGGGCUGACCCGAUGGCAGGUGCACCACGCGACCAGCGAGCACGCGGCGCCCGUGGAGGGCAGCGUGUGGGCGCGCGGGCCGCGGGAGGCGUGGUACCGGCGCGCCGCGCACCGCCCCGCCGCGCUGCACGUGCACGCGCCCGCGCGCCGCCCGCAGCUGCGCCGGAACAGCUUCGCGCCGCCCCCGCCGGUGCCUGUCAGCCAACAAUGGCUAACGGCUGCUCGAGCCCUCACCUCCCCGGACAAGGGCAUCAUCGGUGUAACCGGCUUCCACUUCUACCCGAGCCACCUGGACGAUUUACUCAACAGCAUCACUAAGUUUCCGUGCGCGGAGGAAGACGAGGAGAGCUGCGAGGUGUCGUGCGACGGCGAGACGUGGAUGUGCGUGGUGGUGGACGAGGCGGGGUGGGUGGUGGCGCCGCGCGGGGGGGCCGGGGUGCACCUGGCGGCGCUACAUCCGGCAGCGAUGGCGGCGCUGCUCAACGCUUCCGUUUACCAACUCAACUGGCUGCACGACUACCAGAGCGUGUGCUUCACUUCCACAAAUAAGUCGAGCGCCGCCCUGAUGGUGCCUUCUAUAUUAAAAUCGUUAUGGCGAUCGAUCGCUUUAGUCCUUCGUGUUGCGCAAGAGUUUAUCGGACUCUUGACGAUUGUGAACGCCGGAGCAAGCGUGGCCGCGGAAACUGUUAAAGAGAAGAUGAAGCGAAGCAACCGACUGCGCAAGAACUACGAGGCGGACCAGUUCGAGUCGCUUUACGACGACAGAGUCCUGGUCAACAGAACGCGCUUCGCAGCUUGCGACCGCACCCGCCCUCUGUACCAGUUGCAGCACACGCGCGCGGCGGCGGACGCACUGCGCGGCGGGCCGCACCCGUGCCGCUGGCCGCUGGCGGGCGCGCUGGUGCCGCGCACCAACCUGCUGCUGCUGGCGCUGUACCGCCCGUGCGCGCCGCCCGAGCCGCGCCCGCCGCACCCGCAACACAACCGACAGGACAGAGACAAUUGGGCAUCUUUGGAGGAGGCCUUUACCCAAUACGGGGUUUCUAUAUAA